UGGCGGCUUACAUGAAAUGCCCAUUGUGGCAAAGGCUGGCUUCAGGAAGAUUUGCAUUGAUGAACAGCCUGGUUUGUUAUUGAUUCUGCAGAAGCAUUAGAACAUCAGCUCACUCUGCAGUGUCCUGAGCUCUGCAAGGAGAUGGAGCCAAGGCAGCAGGAGAUGCUGAUGACGAACCAGGAAUGGCGUCCAGAAAGGAGAGAACAGAAGCAGUUUGUUGGGGAAGGUGCACCCUCAGGGGAAAACAGUUUCCAGGAAGGAGGUGAAACAUUGGGACGAGAAGGCGCUCCAACCCAAGGAACUGCCAACGCCAUAUUACAGCUGCAAAGCAGUUUCAAAAGAGAAGGUACUCCUGAGAAUGAGGGUCUGAAAGAACAAGGUCUGAGGCCCUCCCAAGAUUACUCAGGCCUAGGCAAAGAGGGACGUUCCAGUUCCCCAGCAGAAGAGAUGGUCAUAUUAAAAAGAGCAGUGAAGGAGGAAGAUAUGUUGCCAGCUGGAGAGAGGAGGUGUGAGGAUUCCCUGAUGAGGGAACUCUCUGAGAUGGUGCAGAAGGUGGUUAAGAAAAGCAGCUGGUGGGAGAAGCACGGCAUUGACGUCACUAUUAUUGCUCUGAACUUUCUCUUCCUUCCAGUAGGGUUCUUGCUUCUGCGUUCAGACAGUAUUUUUUCUUUCCUGAUGGGCAUCGUAGUCUUGGGUGUGGCACAUUUCACAAUAACCGUGAAGGGGAGCCACCUGGCCAGCCACAGUUCUCUGGUGGAGUCUAAGUCGUGGGGGAAAGUAUUGGCCAUAUUCUUCGAAGAGGUUUGUUCAGCCUUCACAGCAGAGCAGGGGACCUACAACCAUGUGAAGUUGCACCACGGCUACACAAAUGUCAUUGGUCUAGGGGAUUCUAGUACAUGGAAAAUUCCUUUCCUAAACCGCUAUGUCUACAUGUUCAUCGCACCCAUAGCAAUACCUAUUAUCACCCCUUUAGUGGCAAUUGGGUUGCUUAAAGAAGUUAGAUUGAAAACAGCCAUCCGGACCCUCUGCUGCAUGUUUCUUGGCCUGUACUCCCACUACUGGCUUCUGAUCAAUAUCUCAGAGUUCCGGUCUACAUGGUCUGCACUUGGCUGUAUGCUGCUCACUCGAUCUUUACUUGCCCAUUCUUACAUCCAUGUUAAUAUCUUCCAGCACAUUGGCCUCCCGAUGUUUGCUCCUAACAAGUUGCCAAAACGGAUUCACAUGAUGAGCUCUGGUGUUCUGAACUUGCCUCGAAACGCCCUGUUGGACUGGUCUUUUGGCCACUCCCUCAUCAGCUGCCACACGGAGCAUCACCUCUUCCCAACUCUUUCGGAUAAUAUGUGCCUGAAGAUCAAGCCACUUGUUUCUCAGUACUUAAAAGAAAAGAAAUUGCCAUAUAAUGAAGAUUCUUAUCUUGCCCGUUUGAAGUUAUUCCUGAACAAAUAUGAGGAACUGAUGGUCCAUGUACCACCUAUUACGGAACUCGUUGGAAUUCAGUGAUGGCAUCUUUGGGGUACCAAACGAGGAUAGACAAACAAGGCAAGAACAUUUGUUUGCACGACCAAGGAAUUCAGAACCCAAUUUAGGACAUGAUCAAGCAAUUGCAAAGAAAACCAAGACAUCUUGAACAUACUCUAGUCGAACAUGUAGAAAUAUGACUCUAGCAAUGUUGCAACAUUAAAAAAUUCCAACUGCUCCAUGAUGGGUUGAAGGGCAAAUCGGUAGCUCCAGUGCUAUAGUGUCUAGGGAGAAAUAUUUCAACAACUUUUAUUUUUCACUGCUCUGUUUUAAUUUUGCACAUCAACACAUCAAUGAUGUGUUCAAGGGAAAGGAAAGCAUAUUAUAUUAUUCCUAAAAAAUGGGAAGCAGAAAAGGAGAUUUUUGAAAUGAUAUAUAUGAAUUAUUAAUAAUUCUCUUGAAAUGUUGCAUUGGAAAGGCGUCUAAAGGGGCGCAUUUAAUUAUACUAUAAAUAGAUUAUAAUAUGUGGAUUUAAUUUUCAAUAUUUGGGAAGUAUUUUUAAAAUGUACAAUUGUAAUUACAUUGCAGACUUUUUAUCUAUUCUAU